CAGGCACUCUCCUGGCUCGACAGCGAUGACUGGUGACCAACCUGCGCUCCAAGGUGUCCUGCUCAGCCAUUGUCACUCUGGGAGAGUUUUUUGUGACCUUGAAGAAGGACAUGGACUCUGAGAUGGAUGAGGUGGCUCGGGUCCUUCUUCAGGUGCUGCGUAACUCCCCAGAGUUUCUUGAGAAAGCAGCCAGUCAGACCCUGGGGAAGAUGGUGGACAAUGUGACUCCUGCACGAGCAAUGACUGCUCUCCUGGACAUGGGAGUCAGGAGCCAGCACGUGAAGGUGCGGAAGUGUGCGGCCGAACUGCUCCUGUCCCUGCUGGAGAGAAUUGGAGUCACGGAGCUGGCAGGCACAGCCAGGGCUGAGAGGCUGGCGAAUGCGGCAGGGACGCUUGCUCAGGACCGUCACAAGGACACAAGGUAA